AUGGACCCAUCACUCGCUCUACCGCCCAAAUUGGUCGGUAUCAUCUCACCAUCCACAUCCCACGCUCUGUCCUUCCUAUUCACAUCCUCAUACGUCGGAUCCCUAUACAUCUCACAAAAGCUCAUCCCUACCUACUAUACACCGAGAUCAUCUUGCCCCACUACGCCCAAAGAGGACGAUGGUAACUCACCUGCUAUACCACCCAUAUCAUCCGAUAUCGAUGAGCUGCGAUUCAAACAUGAUACUGGACCGAAACCAGGAUCGAGGGAUCAUCCUGAAACAAUCAAAAAGCGCAUGAUAGCCGUUACCAUAUCCACUGCUCUAUCACUAUCGGGUGUUUAUUUCACAAUAAAGAAUCUCUCUACUUCCAAUAACACAGCAGGUCUGGGUCAGAGUCUUACCUUGUUAGGAUUGAGAUUACCAACUUUAAAAGUCGGAUUGAUAGGCAAUAUAUUACCUUGGACAUUGGCUCCGAUACUUAUGACUGGACCUCUAGUCUCACUCCACCUUGAUGGCGAUUUACCUGCAGUAGGUGGAAGACAUUAUGGAGAGGGACUGUUGCAGAGGCUGAAAAGGGGUUGGAAGGAAUUUGGAUUGAUCGAACUGAGGAAUUAUGGAGUGGCUCCAAUAACAGAAGAAUUGGUAUUUCGAUCUACCAUCCUCUCUGUCUCGAUAUUAGGUGGAUUAUCAUUCAAGUCUUUGGUAUUCGGUACACCAUUAUGGUUCGGAAUAGCUCAUGCACAUCAUGCUCUUGAGACAUAUCGGAAAAACGGUUCUACCAGAGAUGCAGCCAUUCAUGCUGUUCUGAGUUGCUUAUUCCAAUUGGGUUAUACAACAUUAUUUGGAUGGUUUGCUUCGUACCUCUUCCUCAGGACUGGCUCAGUGAUCCCACCAUUGGUCUCACAUAUAUUCUGUAACAGUGUUGGUAUUUAUCUCCCUUCAACAGCGAUUGCAAGACACCCCAAGAAGAGAUCCAUGAUUUGGACUAGUUAUCUAGCUGGUAUCGCUGGGUUCGUAUGGGGUUUGAGAAGAUUAUGA